GGCGAAUUGAGGCUGCAUUACAGCUCACGACAAUCGCGACGGCCACCUUAUCGACGAGGGCGUUGACUGAGGUCCCACAACAAUGUCCAUGCUACGCCAUGGCCUGCAGCAGACCCUCUGCUUGCGCCAACUCGCAAAAGGCCAGCUGCUGAAGCCGCAAUGGCAACGAACGAGUUCCUAUGUCGACACCAAGAGCAUCUCGACGAGCCACCAGCCCGAGGACGACGCGAGCCCACCCGAGAAUCCGUUCCCGGGAGUGAACAAUGCGCGUCCGCUGCCCGUUUCGCCUUCAUACUUCUCUAGAGAGCCUCGCUUUAACGAUGCUUACAUCAAGCUUUCUACCCUUCUGCAGCGAUACCAACACAUCCCGACGGCGCCACCCGAGCUGGUCCCGCGACAAGUAUGGAAAAACUUGAAGGGAUACCGGCAAACGACAGGAGAGCCGGUCAAAGCGAUGCCCUACAGUCAGGUCCUGGCCAUGGUCAAGCGGCUACACUCUAUCUUUCCUAAGAUGAUGCCCGGUGAAGUCAAGGAGGCUCUGCAGGAAUUCAAGCGCGACAUCGACCCUUACAAAAACGUGGCGAAGGUCGCGCCCCUCGACAGGUUCGGACGCGCGCUGGGCGUGGGCAGGAGAAAGACGUCGACCGCGCGCGCCUGGGUAGUUGAGGGCACCGGAGAAGUCCUCGUCAACGGCAAGCCCCUGAACGAGAUGUUUGGCAGGAUUCACGAUCGUGAGAGCGCUAUCUGGGCGCUCCGAAGCACCGCGAGGACGGACAAAUACAAUGUGUGGGCGCUUGUUGAAGGCGGCGGGGUCACCGGGCAGGCCGAGGCCCUGACAUUGGCCGUUGCCAAGGGCAUCAUGGUCCAUGAACCAGCUCUGAGGCCGAUAUUGCGAAAGGCUGGUUGCGUUACACGCGACCCGAGGACUGUGGAGAGAAAGAAGCACGGUCACGUCAAGGCCAGAAAGAUGCCUGCUUGGGUCAAGAGAUAGAACAUCUCUUUCCAUAUGGAGCUCUGGUGAUGAUUUCAUUGGUCAUCCAUGCGACCCUUUUGUUGUACUACCACCCUAGUGUAUACAUAGAACAGAGGCAGCUAUUAAAAUGCCAGCCUAUGAUGUGUGUUUGCCUCGCAUUCGAACGCUGCGCACAAUAUGUGUCGGUCCGGGCAUGGUGUUUGCCUGGUGGGGGACG